AUGAGUCUGGCGGAGCGGCUGUUGCGGCGGCUGUGGCGGUGGCUGUGGCUGCUGUGCGGCUUUGAGCUCAGGGAGGAGGGGGGGCCCCCCGCGACCCCCUUAGAGGCCCCCCUCCUCCUCAUCGCCCCCCACACCUCGCACUUCGACGUCAUCCCCGUCACGAUCCACCUCGCGGCCCUCCUCAGUGACGCGGACGCGGCACCGGGGCUGCCCCUCAUGGGAGCCGUGCUGGGCGCCCUGCAGGCGGUCCGCGUGGGAGGCGAGGAGGCGGUGCGGGCGGAGAGGGCGGCGGAGGAGACGAGGCGGAGGGUGGAGAGAGCAGCCAAGGGAGCGCUCCCACAGAGGCACCUGGCGGUGUUCCUGGAGGAGACGGAGCCGGGGAAGGGAGCCGGCAGCGCUUGUGAGAGAGGCGCCUUGGCCGCGGGGGUCGCGGCUCAAGCGGUGCUCAUCAAGUACGAGACGGAAGUCGUCUCGUGGGCCGUGCACGGACCAUCCCCGAUGAAGGUGUUGUGGCUGACCAUGUGCCGGCCGCGAUGCCGCGUGCUCAUCCAGUACCUGCCAGUGUACACGCCCAGCGAGGAGGAGCGGAAGGACCCGGACCUGUAUGCGAACAACCUGCGCGCCCAGGUGCACAGGGCCCUGCAGGAGACUGCGCCCCCCACGGGAGAGGUGUCACGGACCCCUGUGAGGAGCGGGUCGAGAGGGGGCCCGGGAGGCGUCCCCCAGAGAGAGCACCUCCUGGAGCUGCUGCAGAGCCUCAAGCUGCUGGUGGACCGCGCCAUCCCCGAGCUGGAGGCGAUCUCUGAGCGCGUCCGCGCCCUGGGGGGCUUGCGCGUGACCCCACGUGACCUGGCCGCGUGCCUCGCGCGGCCCGAGGGCCCCCACAUGCGCGUGUUGCACGCCGCCUUCGACCCGGGGGCGCGAGGCCACGUGGACGCCCGGGAGGUGCUCGUGGGCCUGGUGCGCGCCGUGUGGCCCGCCCAGUGCCACGAAACCCUGGACCUCGCCUUCCAGGUGUACGAUGCUCGGGGUCAGGGAGAGGUCACGCAGGAAGAGGUGCUGGGGGCCCUGCACGCCACCCUGGGGCCUGACCUGCCCUUUGACCCCAUCGCCCUCUUCCGAGCCGCUGACCCCCACCACACGGGGGCCGUCACAUACGCCGCGUUCAUGGAGGUCGCCCAGCGCUGCCCGGAAUUCCGAGUCAUGUGUGGUGGCGAGGGGGCUACGGGGGACCCGGAUCGCGCGAGGAAGGGCCCGGAGGGGCCCUACCGCCCGCAGAAGCCCCCAUCGGACGCGUACGCCUACGCGGACUUCAUGCAGAGCCGGAGUGGGGAGCCUGGGGCCCGUCUGAAGACGGAAUGACGUGGGGUGGCAGAGACUGCCAAGGGUUUAAAGUUUGAAAGUUUUUUUCUGGGGAAGAGCUCUGCCCAUAUUCGAGUUGGCAGGGUGGUGUAGUGGUGCCACGUGUACCACACUGAAGUAACGUUCUGGGUUCCAUUCCCGAAGCGGGAAGCUGUUGUGCGUGCAGCAUGUGUUCUCUCCCUGCAUGGGUUUCCUCUGGGGUCUCUUGGUUUCCAACCAUUGGCUAAUAAAACCACACAGUGUAACUGGCAUCGGUGAAAACAUCCCAAUGCUGAAAAUUUCACUUGCUAAUCACUUCAUUUGUGAUGCCGUUCUAUUCGUGGCGAUGGCAGUGUGUGCACGACGUCAGUGCCAAAGGAAGGCACAUUUAGGACUCGAGGGUCCUUCAACGUCGAGGCGGUUCACACAAAGACCUCGUCCCAUCGGUGACUGGCCCCGACAAGGGCCCCAUUGCUUCCAGCAGUCGGCUUCUCCUGCCCCACGGCUGGAUUCGAAUUCACGGCGUCCGUUGCGUUGAACGGUGGCGCGAAGGACACGUGACGA